AUGAAGGCUACUCGAGCCGGCCCCUCCGAAGAGAGAUUGGCCACCUUGGAAGAGAAGCUGGAUCGGAUCCUGAGCGGAAGCUUGCCGAACUACACGAGCUCUGGGCGCCCAGAUCAACCAAACAAAGAAUUUCCCGACACCUCCGAGCGCUCUUUCUCCCCGAGUUCAGCACCCGAGCGAGAUACACCAGCCAGUCAUCAGUCGACAGUCAUAUCCGAAUCUGCCUCCUCAAGAUCGCGACCGAGUCACACAGAUAUUGCUCAUGGGAUUCGGAUAUACUUCAGGCACUGCCAUCGGCAACCGGUGUGGUGUUUUGAGCGCAAUGAGGUCAGGGACCAUCGGUCAUUGCCCGACGAGCUCGUCGGUAGCAUUCUGGCGUUGACCUCGCGCUUUUCGGCAAACCAUGACCGACACUAUGGUGACGAGGCCAGGCAUCUGGUCAUGCUCCGCGUGGCCAAUGGCACUGUCACCCUUCCGACCAUCGAGAGCCUGUGUCUUCUUUCGUACUCUUCCUUUAUUGGUAUGAAAUCUCUUUUCUGCGUCGCCUGCCGUCGCGAAUGCUCACAACUGGUUGCUGGCACAGAUGGCAAUAUACACUUGGGCCAAUUUCAUCUUGGUCUUGCGCUGCAACUUUGUCGAUCUGCAAUGCUCGAUCAUGGAUCGACCUAUUCUGUUCGAGAUCAGGUAACGGAACGGAAGAAGAGAUUAUUCUGGAGUCUUCAGCUUCUGGAACACUUCUACGGCCGACCCACAGGCAUCCUGAGUGUGUCCUCCCAGAUUGGUCGCCUAGCCUUCAGUACCACAACUGAAUCACACGGACACAACUCAGAUACCGGCCCAGAGAUCCCACCGUUACCCAGAGACGAACUCGGGUACGGCGAGCCCAGCGAACCUGGGAUCUGGAACACAGCUGCACGUCUAGGUUGGAUCUGGGGUAACGUGAGGAAGUACGUCUCUGAUUGCUCUCAAAACAUACUCAAGGAGCCAUGGCGACACGACUCGGCGUAUUCUAUGGUCAACUCGGACUUCAUGGAGACGGAGCACAGGAUUCCCAUUUACCAUAGAUAUGACUCGGUCAAGUUUUUCGAUCGCACUCCGGAGGAUCUCAGAAUGAAUCAUGAUUACUGGGCACCAUGGCUCAAAGAACAGUUCACAUAUCAUGCCAUUCCUACCGUCCUCAACCAUCCCUUCCUCUACAUCGUCGCGGCCCAGCACAACCCAGACCUUGCGAUCCCAAACACAUUCUGGCGGAGGUCGUCGGAACUGGCUUUACUGCAUGCAACCUGGAUAGUCCGCAUUAUUGAUAUGAUCGUGGAGAAGCAGGUUCUGCUCACAGACCCGUUCUUUGGGCACAUGGCUGCCAUUGCCGCCACAGUACAUAUGUACUACUGUUGCGCUGCGGCCGCCAGGCUGAAGCACAAAUCAAACACCGAUCUGGCGAAGUGCAGAAAGUUUCUGCAGAGCUUUACGCAAUUCUCACCCGCCUGUGCGGCUCUGGACCACAGUCUCGACAAGAUGACUCGAAUUGCUGCAGAUCCAGACGGCAUGGAUCUUGAAGACUGGAUGCCAUCCAAGCUCAACCUAAGUGUCCCGCUAAUGUGGGACAUCUUACUGUUCAAUUGUACAAUGGACACAUCGGGUGCGACCGGUGCCAAGCUCUUGGAUGCGUCAUUAGCACCAAGGCCCGCUAAAGAAGACGAUGGCGAGGACUCGAUACUCGAGAUCGUCGUCGCGACAGCACCAGAGAUCACGAUUGACACUACCGAUGGUGGGCAACAAGCUCCUUCGCUUUCAAGAAGGCCUCAGGUCGCUCAAACGUCGACGGGAGAAACCCCGCGAAACAUUGUCUGGAACGACCCGUCGUUUGAGCUGGUCGAUAACCUGACUUUCAACACUACGCCCUGGCUGUACGCAGAGCCCUCGCAAUUUGCCACUCUGGGGGACAUGGGCUGGCACGAUCCUCACUCGGCGAUGAGUGAUAACAGGGCCCCACCUUGGUGGGAGGGAGGAAAUUUCAACAGCGUGAUGUUUAAUUAG